AACAAGUCUUUGAUACUCCCUGACCGAAAAGCUGUUACUAUAACUAAAUUACACAAAAUAAAGGAACUGAAAUCUAGUUUCUUACUUACCAAAACAAUUAUUUUGAUGCAAAUCCGUGUAUUCAACAUAGUUGAAAAUAAAAAUAUCAACGAGAAUAUUUUUAGAGUUCAACUGCAACUUCAAUAAAUAUUGACUUAUCUCAAUUAUUGUUUAAAUGAUUCCUUUUUAAAAAGGGAAACAGAGCAGUUAUUAAUUUGAGAUGAACGAUUCCUUGCCUUUGUACGUUCAUUCUUUGAAUGCAGCACACACUGGUCUCUGGUGUAGAAUGUCUGGUCAAAAGACCAUUCAUUUAAAAUUCUAACACACAUCACAUUUUGUGUGUGUUUAUUUAACCAUGCCGGUAUAGAGCAAGCAAAUCACUCCAAACAUCCAGUUGUUAGAACAUAUACAGUGCCAGUGAAGUAAUCGCUUUAUAAAAUAAUGAACUUGGGGGCAAAAAUUCAACCAUUGCCCCAAUCUUGACUAUUUAAAGCAACCGUUUAGCAUGUUAGUUUCAUAGCUAACAAAUGUUAAACUGAGUAGCUGUCUUGCGGGCUUUAUGAUUCCCAAAGAAGAAAGGAGAGAUACAGUUGAUACAUUCCAUAACGUUUACAUUUUCCCGCUAUUUUUUUUUUUUUAAUUUUCCCUUAGAAGUAGUGACCUGGGCAAAGCACCCUGCUAUCUAAAAGACACUGUUAUAGACCUUUUAGAAAAACUAAGUCCAAGGCCGAGGUGAACUUCAGGUCACCGCGUCUAACAAAUAUGAAAAUGUCGGCUGGUGAAGGGCACGCCUUGUUGUUUAACAAAGACUGUCAAUGUGUAAGAUUAAUAAGAAACAAAAUGCACACGGUGUCACUUUUCGGUCACUUUGAAACUUGGGACAGGGUUGCAUUCAAGAGGGAAAGCUGGGGCUAAAUAUAUUCAAAAUGGUUCAAAUCAGAUUCAAGCCAGGCUGCUCGAGAGUCUUUCUCUCUGUCCACCCUCUCUGGUGCAUGGACACGUUAAAAAGUGUACUUGAAUUAUUAUUUUUUAAGUCUUUGGUUGUAAAACUAUUUUUAUCCGCGCGCAUGGAAGUCAGCAGAUGGGCUUGUAUGUUUCACGAGAACUCUGUUAGACUGUUUGGGUAGGCAUGAGAUUGGAGCUUGUUGGUGCAUGAAGAUUAGAUAUCGCACUAUCAACUUCGUUUCAGUGAAUUCCCAAUCGCGUCUAUCGCAAGAUUAAGCUGGUAAACUUCUGGUCAUAUGUUAAUUGUUUAAGCGUGUGAAAUAUGGUCUGAUUUUUUAAAUUAAAAAUAAAGGUUUUUUGUUUUGUUUUUGGUUUGUUUGUUUGUUUGUUUGUUUUUAAAGCUGGGAUGGUGCUACAAGUUGGGUAACGGGAAAUAUCCGAGGAUGGUUCUGAGAUUGUUUAUUACAUCCAUAAAUCUUGCAGUAAAAUGUCGAAAUGGCCGUGUGUAAGAUAACACUUGGUGGUCUUGGCUGGGUUCUUGUUUAUGAUAACAAAACCACAAAGACAAGGAACAGGCCUUUGGAGAUCCUGCAUAAGCACAUCUUCACAGGCUGCUGGAACCACAGGAAAAACAGGCUUCAUCUGAGCAGCUGAGGUCACCUUGUAGAUUUACAAUCGCGUGCAAAAUUGUAUUAUUUUCUGUUUCACUGAGAAACACAGCUACACAGUAGAAAGAAGUACAGUUGAACAAGUAUCCUUUGAAGUGUAAUCACGGUAAAUAUUAUUAAUUAGAACCUGGGAAGCUCUCCGAAUACAACACUCAGCAUACAAAAUAAGCCGUUCUGAAAGGCAUUCUCUUGGAAAAAGUCUGUGAAGACGCAAAGGAUUUUCCUGGAAAAAAAAAAGUGGUCAUGUGUAAAGACACAGCAUCUUGGCUGUCUGCUAAAAAAAUGUAUACUGCCUUGUUGGAGAAUCAGCCCCGGUCUGCAAAAUAUCACAUGGCAGAUUAUCAUCAUUUAAGAACUCCAGUGCACCGAAAAAGACGAUUUACUGAGCGAUAACAGCAGGAAACAAUUCAGUCCACUGUUAGAAGUUUUAGGAGGUCUACCAGGAGAGGCCAUUGGAGGAAGAACGUCACGUGACAGAGGGGUGCCAAUGUUAUUCUUUAAGGGUGUCAAGACCCUGUCAGUUUGUGAAAUAAAUAUUGGGAAACAACGAAAUGCAAAAAGCGACCUACUACGACAGCUCUGCAAUCUAUGGUGGCUACCCCUACCAAGGAGCAAAUGGUUUCACUUAUAAUGCUAGUCAGCAGCAAUAUCCUCCAUCUUCAUCACUUGUGGAAACUGAAUAUCAUCGACCUGCUUGCUCUUUACAGUCACCUGGCAGUUCUGUGUCCCACCAUAAGACCAAUGAAAUCAAUGAGAGUUGCAUGAGGACCAUCACUAGCCAACCCAUUCAGCCCCCAGUUAUUUCAGAGCAGCAACAGCCUCCAGCCCAGCAGGCACCACCUCCACCUCCACCCUCUGUCUCACCACCUCAAAAUGCCAGCAGCAAUUCUGCCCCAGCUAACACUACCAAGAGCCCAGUUAUUAACUCACCCACCAUGUCCAAACAAAUAUUCCCAUGGAUGAAAGAGUCUCGACAAAAUACAAAGCAGAAAAACAGCAGUUCCAGUUCAGGUGAGAGCUGUGCUGGUGAUAAAAGCCCUCCAGGGCAAGCCUCCUCUAAAAGAGCACGUACAGCUUAUACAAGUGCCCAGCUGGUAGAACUGGAAAAGGAGUUCCACUUCAAUAGAUACCUCUGCAGGCCAAGAAGGGUAGAAAUGGCUAAUUUGCUCAAUCUCACAGAAAGACAAAUCAAAAUAUGGUUUCAGAACCGCAGAAUGAAAUAUAAAAAGGAUCAAAAGGGAAAGGGCAUGAUGACCUCUUCAGGAGGACAGUCCCCAAGCAGAAGUCCUGUGCCUCCAGCUCCUGGGGGGUAUUUAAACUCUAUGCAUUCUUUAGUAAACAGUGUUCCCUAUGAGCCCCAGUCUCCUCCAUCAUUUAACAAGCCUCAUCAAAAUGCCUAUGGCAUCCCUGCAUCAUAUCCGGCUCCUCUCAAUAAUUGUCCGCCUCCUCAAAAGAGAUACACGGGGACAGCAGCGGUUACUCCUGAAUAUGAUACUCACCCUCUUCAAGGCAACAGUUAUGGAAAUCCACAUAUACAGGGAAGCCCCGUCUAUGUGGGGGGCAACUAUGUGGACACCAUGACCAAUUCUGGGCCUUCCAUCUUUGGUCUAACUCAUCUCCCUCAUCCUUCCUCUGCCAACAUGGACUACAGUGGGACUGGGCCAAUGGGCAACAAUCACCACCAUGGACCUUGUGAUCCACACCCAACAUAUACAGACCUUACUUCUCAUCAUCCUUCUCAGGGAAGAAUUCAGGAAGCGCCCAAACUCACCCAUCUGUAACAGACAUGAGUUACUAAGUGGAAUGAAGUCCCCAACUUUUUAAAAGUACUUCCCACCCUUCCCUCCCAUCUCCCUCUAUUUUUGUUUUUGUUUUGUUUUGUUUGGUAAAGCGUUCUAUAGUUUACGUGACGUAGCAAUAUUUGUUGCUUGAAUUGCUCUAUAGUUUCAAUAGUGGAUAUUUAUCUUCUUGAACUGUAGCCUUGUGUCUCGCUUUGGGAGUAUACAUAGGCUUUAUACUUUACUUCUACACUUUUAUCAAAACAGGGUAUAUGAACAAAUUUUCUAUAACAAUAAUUCUGAAAUGUGAAUUUGUUCGUACAAAUUGAUUGAUUGAUCCCACAGGGAAGCAAUUUUUUAUUGCACUUCUUUUAAAUAGCGAGAAAGAAAUCAAAGGCGCUUGAACAGGGGCUCCCUGGACAAUUAUUAAUACGUGUUAAGUCUUUCAAUGUGUGUAUGCUGGUGAACAUUCAGAUUUAUUUAUAUUUUUUUUAAAACAUUGAAUAAUCUAAGUGUUUAAAAUUUUAUUUAUCCCCAUCUGUUCAUAUUUAUAUAUAUAUAUAAAAUUCUGUACCAUGAAUAUUCAGGAGGUAUUUACCUGGCCGUAUGUUAGAUGGCAUAUUGGCAUAAGUAGGAAAUAUCAUUUGAAAGGAAACUAUUACUCCUUUAUUUAAAAAUAUAAUAAUGCAAUAAAAUCUGAAAAAUUGAUCACAAAUUGAAUAAUUUAUGCUUGUAACAUCCAGCUAAAUGGAAAAUGUGUAAACCUGAAAAGACUAGAUUUGUUUUGAAAGUUAUACAUUCCUUGCUGCUCACAUUCUGACAAAAAUAAAGUUUUUAUUCU